AUGGCCGCAAGAACACGACGUGAAGCGUUGAAAGAGUUGACUGAGAACUUCGUAACGGCACAUCCCAAUGAUGGACCUGCACGUAUUGCUAGUCGAUUCCUUGGUGGUUCUGUGAAGCGGAAAGAACGAGUCACUCCUCGACCGUUGCUCAUUGGUGACUGUAUACGAGGCGCGCUCUCGUGGCUUGUCGAUGUGCAUGAUCACUCGACCAAUCAACGAGUUACGUGUGUGCUCGGCGUUUCGGCCGAAACCAUUGUGUUGCUUGAGAAACCGUCUGGUGCGGUCAUCUUUGCAACACCAACACAUUCACUUAUUGGUUGGGCUAAUACUGAUAUGGGGUUAGCACCGUUAACAUAUACAAACAUCUUCAUGUGA